AUGGUCAGGUCCCGCCCCUGGUCUGGGCUGACUCUAGCUCUGACCUGUCUGGAGUCUCUGGACCUGCCCCUUGGUCUAAGCAGAAAACUAGGCUUGGCUGAAGUCCCCAAAAUGGUUCGAGUAUUGAAAGUCUCCCGACGCCUUCGAGUCCCCCAGUCGGUGCGGCUGAGGAGUUUGGGUCGCCAUCCACAAGUUGACAGACAAUUCGUUGUCAGACUGGAACUGAGAGAGAGUGAUAAUAAAUGGCGGUCGCAGAAAUAA